UAUGUUCACGACCGUUUCCAUGCCGAAUCGCCCGGGCAUUGCCCUUUCAUUAUUGAGUUUCCGAACGCAGUCUCGCUGACUGAACGAACAUGGCGUCUCGCGUAUUAACGUAGCGGUCCCGUGUUCUCUGCUCCGGAUUUUUUACAAUAUUUUGUGGAAUUUUGUGUGAAAAUGUGAUUAGCAUGAAUUAAAGUUUCUAGUGCAGUGUGGUUUCAGUGCAUCCCAACAUGUGGCGGAACGGGUUGUGUACAUUUGGGCCGAGAAACUGGAUUUUCUUGCUCGCCGCGGCUGUCCAUUUGUUUACAUAUGUUCAAGGCGGCAGCGACGGCCCCGCCACCCUCCGCUUCACAUCCGAGCCAGCCGACACGGUGCUGGCGGCGGGCGCGCGCGGCGUGCUGGCGUGCGCGGCGGCGGGCCCGGCGCGGCCGCGCCUGCACUGGAGGUUUAGAAGUGACGCGCCGCCCGAGCGGGAUCAUGUGCUUAGCAGUACUGAUGCUCAUAGGAAACAGCUGACGAACGGCUCCCUCCUGCUAGAGAACAUGUCGGCGCGGCUGGCCGGCCACUACCAGUGCGUGGCCAGCGCGGACGGCGUGGGCACCAUCGUGUCCCGGACUGCACUGGUGCUGUUGUCAGAGUUGCCAACGAUCCUGCCUGGCCCGCGCAGUAUCCUGGCCACAGUGGGCAGUCCGGUGCUGCUGCCGUGUGCGAUACGGUCGCAUCCCCGCGUCGCGGUCCGUGUAGACGCCGGCCCGCCAGACAGACGGGUGUAUGGUUCCUCCCGUGUCGCCACGCCGCCUACUCAGCAUGUCAAUGUGACCUGGCUAAAGAACGGCUCCCCAGUCCGUCUGGAAGGCGCGCGCGUGACGCUGUCGGGCUCGGGCGCGCUGGAGCUGGACCCGGCGCGCGCGCACGACGCCGCGCACUACGCGUGCCGCGUCGCGCUCCAGGACGCGCCCGGUGAUCAGAGCGUCACGAGUGAGCCGAUCGAGCUGCUGGUGUCGGCGGAGGCGGCGGGCGAGUCUCCGCCGCGGUUCAUCGCCACGCCGCAACCCAUGACCGUCAUUGAAGGAGCAUCCGUGACAUUCGACUGUGCGGCCAUCGGGAACCCGAAGCCGGAGAUGAUCUGGCUGAACAACGGAGCUGCCAUUGAUCUCAGUGACCUGGACUCGCGCUUCUACCUGGUGGGCUCGGGGUCCCUGCGCGUGCAGGCGGCGCGCGCGCUCGACGCCGGCGCCUACACGUGCCGCGCGCUGUCCCGGCUGGACUCCGCCGACGUCACCACGCAGCUGGAAGUGCGGACGGUCCCCCGCGUGUCCCUCCCCGACGGCCCGCUAGUGCAGGCCCGUACGCGCGGUGACGUCACACUCCGCUGUGACGCGCGCGCCCGCCCGCCCCCCGUCAUACGCUGGCUGAAGGAUGGAGAGCCUAUUACGCCGAAUAACCAUGAUAUCGCGCUGUUGGAUCACUCGUCGCUGCGCAUAUCGGGCGUGCUGGGCGUGGACGCGGGCAUGUUCCAGUGCGUGGCGCACACAGCACACGGCGAGGCCCAGGCCGCGCUGCGUCUGAGAGUGCUCCCGAGCGAGGGUGAGUGCGCUGUGUGUCGACGUGGAUCUAGUGUGGACGCGGGCAUGUUCCAGUGCGUGGCGCACACAGCACACGGCGAGGCCCAGGCCGCGCUGCGUCUUAGAGUGCUCCCGAGCGAGGACACAAACACGACCAAAAGACCCGAUCCCAACCAGAGCAUCAACUCGAAAUCCUUCUUCAACUCCCUCAUUGACUCCAACCACUUAACCACCGAACACAACCCACACUUCCUACCCGACUAUGACACUCUAGACUCAACCUUAUACCCUGACUCAGACAGCGACGAAAUCGCCUUCGCCUAUACCCCACAUCCUGAAACCUAUGAUUACGAAGAUAAUGACAAACCUGACUCAUUUCACGCGGCUCAAGGACUGGAUCUGGACUUGCUUCGGGCUCGCAACGACAGCCUGGUCCCUGCCCCGACGGGGCUAAGGGCUGUGAUUGUGAAGCAUCGCUUCGUGACCUUGAGCUGGGACCAGCCGACAGUGGAGGGAGGGGAGAAUGUCACGGGAUAUGUUGUGGUGUAUCGGGUUAAGGGGAGCGAGAGGGAGCGCACAGUAGAAGGCCCAGCUUCCAAGCGAGAGAUGAACAUAGCGCCGCUGCAGCCCCGCACCAGCUACCAGUUCACGGUGCUGGCCGCCGGCGCGCGCGCCGUGUCACCCGCCUCCGCCACAAUAGAAGUCCAAACCCAGCCGGAGGAGGCGUCGCAGGCGGCGCCGCACGGGCUGUCGGCGGAGCCGCUGGGCCCCCACUCUAUACGUGUGGACUGGCUUCCCACGCCCGGCGCCGAGACCUACCAUCUGCAUUAUAAAGAGUUGGACAGCGGCCGCGAGCAGUACCAGUGGGUCCCCGCCCCACCCGCCACGCUGGCCGGCCUGCGCGCCGCCGCCAGCUACGCCGUGAGGGUGGGGGAGCCCGACGGGGCCUUCAGCAGUGAGGUGAUAGUGCACACUCCGAGUGACGUGCCCGCCGCCGCGCCGCUCAACGUCACCGCCGCCGCCACCGGCGCCACGUCCAUCCUAGUAUCCUGGGAGGCCCCCCCUCCCCGCUCGCACCGCGGCCCUCUCACCGGGUACAAGCUGCGCUACCGCCCCGCGCCCCCCGCGUCCCCCGCCCCCGGCCGCAAGCGCGCCGAGACCUUGACCACCCCUGCUGAUGCGAGGCGAGCGGAGCUGAGAGGGUUGGAGAGAGAUACGAAUUAUCAGAUCCGAGUCUGCGCUAUAAACGUGAACGGCUCCGGUCCCUUCAGCGAGUGGGUGUCGGCGGCGACGCGGCGCGACCUGUCGCAGCCCUCCGUGCCGCCGCCGCCGCCGCCGCUCACCACGCGCGCAGGCCGCGACUGGAUCUCCGUGUGGUGGGGGGCGCUGAGCGGCGGGGGCGCGCUCGGGCUGGCGCUGGGCUGGGGGCGCGGCGUGCCCGACGAGCAGUCCCGCUCCCUGCCGCCCGCCAGCCACUCGCACGUCAUCCGCGACCUGCAACCGGACUCCGAAUACGUAAUCUCCCUCCGAGCAUCCAACAAACUCGGCCUGGGACCCCCCGUCUACGCGACAGUCAGGACGCUCCCCGCCGCCGCGGGGGAGGGGGACGACGAGCCUGAUGAUGAGCUGGACGAGGAGGAGGAGGAGGAGCCGCCCGCGCUGAUCCCGCCGCUGGGGGUCAAGGUUAUAAUGUUGAGCGGAACGACUGCAGUGGUCUACUGGACCGAUCCAACUUUACCUAAAGGACAGACGGCGACAGACGGCCGCCGCUACGUGGUGCGCUGGGCCGGCGCUGGUAAGACAAGGUUCUACAACGCCACCGACCUCAACUGCAUGUUGGAUGAUCUGCGCCCCUUCACGCCGUAUGAGUUCGCUGUUAAACUUAUUAAGGGAGACCGCGAGUCCGCCUGGUCCAUGCUAGUCACCAACACGACGCUGGAAGCGCCCCCCGCAUCCCCCCCGCGCGACCCCCGCGCCGCGCCCCCGCAGGCGCCGGGGGGGCGGGGGUCGGCUGUCGAGCUGACUUGGGGGGCACCGGCCAAGCCUAAUGGGAUUAUUACUGGCUACGUGAUAAUGUACGUGUCGGCGGGCGCGGGCGGCGCGGCGGGCGCGGAGUGGACCGCCAGCGCGGUGCUGGGGGACCGCCGGAGCACCCGCGUGGACCGCCUGCGGGCCAGAACGAAGUAUUUCUUCAAGCUACAAGCUCGCAACUCCGCCGGGCUAGGGCCCUUCACGCAGCUCAUCUCAUUCACCACUGGAGAAGACAGCAACGAAGGCGGCGGCCUCUCCGGCGCCACCUCCGCCUGGCUCUGGGCGUCGGCGGGCGGCGCCCUGGCGGUGCUGGCUCUAGCCGCCGCCCUGGCGCUGUCGCUGUGCUGUAGGAGGCCCGCGCCACAUGAGCCGAUACGAAGCACAUACCAGAAAUCCUCCGCCUCGGCCGGGAUCAAGCCCCCGGACCUGUGGAUCCACCACGACCAGAUGGAGCUGAAGCAGCUGGACAAGAGCCUCCACAGCAGCGCCAGUAAGAUAUCAGCGGGCAGCGUGGACGGCAACGCGCUGGUCUCGUCCACGCUCACCCUGCGCCCCCCCGCGGAGUACGAGCCGCCCCGCCCCCCCGUGCCCGCCUCGCUCGACCGCCGCCACUAUGUGCCUACUUAUGUCGCGAUGAGCGGCGUGGGCGCGGGCUGCGCGGCGACGUGCGACCGCCGCCCCCACCGCCCGCAGCACCCGCUGACUCACCAGGACCAGUUCGCGGCGGGCUCGCUGGGCUCCCCGCAGUCGUCGCUGGCGUCCCUCGCCCCGCUGCACCCCCCUCCCGCGCCCUGUGGGUCAGGCACAUGCCCGCUAGGCUCGGCCUGCGCCCCCACGCCGGGCGCCCCCGGCCUCGGGGGCGGUGUGGGGGGCGGGGGCGACAUCUACGCGUGCGCGGCGAGAGAAAGAGGGCAGUAUGUGGCGUAUGAGCCGCUGGGGCAUUAUACACACCGCGACUCGAUCUCGAGCGAGGCGACGGCGGGGUCGCUGCCGCGCGCCCCCCGCGCCCCCGCGCUCGCCCCCUGCGCGCCCUCCUCCAUGCACAGCUUCACUCACACGCUCGAUGGCACAGGUAGUGUGAGAGAGACGUCUCCCUACAAGAAGAGUAAUAACUCGUCGCCCGGACAUAUUCCUAAUAGAUUACAAUUAGGUGGCGCCGUCCCCCACUGCUCCGAAGAACUCGAGCCCCUCACCCCCUCGCGCUCCACGGAGCGGCUGCAGCGCGAGAUGCAGAACCUGGAGGGGCUCAUGAAGGACCUGUCCGCCAUCACGCAGCAGCAGUUCCACUGCUAGCCCCCUGUACCUGGUUAGGAGGGUUGCUGGUAGCCGACUGU